GUCAUCGUUGUCAUUGCCUAUCGAACGGAACGAAAGUGAAAACCUAGUUUCCAUUUCAAUAUAUUUAUGUAUAAUAUAUUAUAUGUAUUUAACUUUUUUACGCGAGUGUGUCAAAAUAUUUAAAUAUUAAAUAAUAUAUACCAAUUUUAUUUUUAUUUUUUUAUUUAGCGAUAAGUAAUUUUCAGCAUAAUAUAUACGCUACACCGUAUACUACUGCAGGUGAUGAUAUUACUACACUGCUUGGCAUGCUUAGUCGCUGCCGCCAUGGGCGCGGUGCUCCCGCCACCCUGGGCGGACCCAUCUCAGAAUCCGUGCGCCGCAGAACCAUCGGGCGGAUGGCAACUACUCUAUUGGCCGGACGAUAAGAAAUGUUACCGGAUAUUCCAACGUGGUUACCCGUGUCCGGAGACGAUGGAACUAGUGCCGCGUCCGGACCGCAAGGGUUCCGCGGAAUGUGCGUGCCCGCCCGGCAGCGUCCGUAGCGCUCGCGACUCCCGUUGCCAUCAGCUGUUCCGACUCGGCGGUCCCUGCGAAGACGGCCAAUAUUUUGCGCCCGAUCUGGACAGAGAUGACCGGGAAAGGUGGGGAACAUGUGAGGAUCCGUUACCGUGUGCGGAAAAAGACGAAUUGUUUUGGCCCAAAGACAAGCGCUGCUAUCGCAAGCACUCUAGAGGACCAUGCACCGAAGGACAGCUAUUGGUACCUAGCAUCAUGAACAGUUUAAUCGGCGACUGCAGAUGUGAAAACGUUCCAGAUCUGGCGACUUACUUUUGGGCACCCACAGGCACGUGUCACGAACACUACACGAUGGGGCCGUGUCAGGAACGCGGCGGCAUAUUCCUGCCGGGCGGCCAGUGCGGAUGCGACCCGUCGCUGCCGCACUUCCACAACGGCACGGGCAAGUGCUACCAACUGGGCGGCAUCGGGCCCUGUUCCCCGGGACACCAGUUCCUGGUGCCGGCCGGCGGUUCCAAGGCCGAGUGCACGUGCAAGGAGGGCCACAUCAAGUGGUUCGGCGACGGCGCGUGCUACAGGCCGUACACGCGCGGCCCGUGCGCCGCGGGCAACAUGUACAGCGUGAACACGACGGCCACCGGCAUGGCGGUCGGGUGCGUGGACAUACCGUGCACCGCGGGCAAGCUGUACUUCCCGGGCGGCAAGGGCUGUCACCGGGUGGGCACGCAGGGCCCGUGCCCCGCCGGCCAGAUCGUCCUGUUCCAGGACACGGUCAAGACGUCCAUCGAGGGCGUGUCGUACCUGGGCAUGUGCGGUUGCGCCAACUCGGACGCGGCCGCCGGCACGUUUUACUCGUCGUCGGCGGCGCUGGCGUGCAAGCCGCCGGCCGCGGCCAGGAAACUGCCGCAGCAGCAGCACGACGGACGGGGCGCGGGCGCGAGCCCCCGACGGUCGGACGCGCUCCAGGACCCGUGCGGCCACCGCCGGGGCACCGUCGCCUGGACCGACCUGUCGUGCAAGCAGCUGUACCUGCAGGGGCCGUGCGAGCCCGGCGAGUGGGUGGUGCCGGACCGGGGCAAGGGCACCCGGAAGGGCAGGGGCUGGAAGAUGGGCAAGUGCGAGUGCCGGCCCGGGUUCACCGCCGUCCCGGUGCCCGGCGACGCCAACAACGCCACCGCGUGCCAGCCGCCGACGGUCACGCUGGCCAAGUUCCUAAACAUGAGCGACGAGUUCAACCACAACCACAACAACCACAACAACAGCGCCACUGCCGACGGUAACGACGACGACGGCGGCGGCGGCGGCGACGAUGACAACGGUAACAACAACGGAGUCCGGACGCGAUGAUUAUAAUAUAAUAAUAUUAGAUUUGGUAUUUAAUUAUUAUCACGCGUUCAAAAUAUGAACUAAAUUAAAUAUUAUGUCAAGACUGCAAAGUAUAUUACAUUAUAUACUAUAUAUAUAUAAUAUAACUGUAUAACAUAAAAGUAUUACGUUGAAAGUGUGGUUUGAAGAGGUUAGAUGCGAUGUUUCUAAAUCGAAUUUUUUUGAAAAGUAUAGUUGACCACUCGAAGUUUUUCAUUAACUAUACGUGUAAGCGCGUGUCGGUCGAUCAGUCUUAGUCCGUUACAUUAUUAUUGAUAUAAAUAAAUAUUUUAAUUUGCGAGAUUGAUUCCUCGAAAGAUAAUCUGCCCCCAUCUCUGUAUGCGUAGUUAUAAUGAUCAAGGGAUUUUAAAAAUAUUGUUUUUUUACACAAUAUACUUUGAAAUUUCUGAAUUCAUUGCUAAAUUAAAACAAUAAAUAAAUAUCGUAUUGUUUUUAUCAUUAUCAUUUUUUCAUUUUUCCAAUUACAACAUCAUUUACGUUUUCGUUUACUUGUUUUAAAUUAUGACCGUUGUCAAAUUUAAGAACGUUUAUUUUUUUGUUUAGAGUCCACCAUAAGUAUAAUAAUACUUACUAUUUUUAAUCCUUAAAUGUUCUUUUUAGUUUUUAUUUAGGUAGUCAUCCACUCAAAAAAAUUAAUAGUGACAGUGUGUCUACUAUUUAAGUGAGAUUGUCAAUUUGUACAGUUAAGUGUAUAUUAAUUUUAACACCAUAUAAAUCUGUAUUAUUACAUACAAUAGGUUAAUGUAUAAAAAGCCAUGAACAUAAAAAAAGUCAUUAAUUCCAAAAUUAUUGUUUAAUUUUUUUCUUAAAUAUAUUGGCAUGAACUUUGUAUAAUAUGGCGUCUUAGUUCAUAAUAAUAUAUAUUAUUAUAUUCCUAUACUUUAAACUAUAAUAAUUUAAUUCGUAACAUAUUAUAUGUACUUAAAAGUUGAAGUCUCCAUAAAACGUAAUUAAAUUAAGUGUUUAUAAUUUUUUUUAAACUAGGUACCUAUUAUAUGAAAUAUAAAACUGUUUAAUGUUAUAAUAAAAAUAAUAAUAAAAUGUUAAUCUACAGAUUAUUUUUUAAGAAUUCUAACUGCAGCGACCUAAUGAAGUUUCUAUUGCAGUGUUAGACACUUAGAUAAGUUUUUAAUAUAAGAAAAUUAAUGUUACCAACAAAACUAUAUAGUGACUGUAGAUAUUAAUUAUCAUUAGUUUUGAUUAACUAGAAUAAGUAUAUCAUCAUGUAUAUGCUUGUUUUUUUAAUAAACUUUGUAAUAUGUAUAUAGA